AAGAUGACGGUUUUUAACUACGCUAGUGUUAUUGUUUCCGCAUAAUUGUGUUUGUUAUUCGCGAUGACGGCGGCGCCGCGGCCAGCUAACGUGAAUUUAAAGCCGAUCGAAGUGCCGAAGGCUCUGCAGGAUGGAGAGAAAUUCAUCAAAUGGGAUGAGGAUUCUGGCGCGGGCGUUCCAGUCACCCUGCGUGUGGAUCCUAAGGGGUUCUUCGUGUACUGGACAGACCAGAACAUGGAAGUGGAGCUGUUGGAUAUAGCUUACAUUAGAGAUGUUAGAACUGGUGUCUUCGCUAAAGUCCCCAAAGACCCAAAGAUCCGGAACGUGGUCCUGAUCGGAUCUCAAGGCUCGCUCGAGGAGAAAACCGUCACCAUAUGCUAUGGCGCCGACUUCGUCAACGUAACCUUCAUCAAUUUCUGCUGUACCAGGAAGGAAAUCGCUCAGUUGUGGACAGACGAGCUGUUCGGGUUGGCGUACAACUUGAACCAGUUGAACAACCCUACCAUUAAGUUCCUCGAGAAGCUCCAUACGAAAAUAACACUCAAAGCGGACAAAUCCGGCAAGAUACUUGUGAAGAACAUCGUUCGUACUUUCGCCCAAAAUAAAGAGGAUAAGAAACGCGUGGAGAAGGCCCUCAGCGAGUCAGGUCUGCCCACCAGCAAGAACGAUACCAUCAGCCAAUCCAAAUUCCAGUUCGAGGACUUCUUCGCGUUCUACAAAAACCUCACACAGAGAAACGAGGCGCAAAAGAUAUUCAACACUCUAACGGACGGCAAACCUCAUCUAGCAGCGACGCAGCUAGUCGAGUUCCUGAACGAAGUACAGCGCGACCCACGUCUUAACGAGAUCCUACAUCCCUACGCCGAUCUUCAACGAGCCAAAGACCUGAUCAAAAUCUAUGAGCAUAACAAGUACCAUCAGCAACGAUCGCAGCUUACCUUCGACGGGUUCCUUAGAUUCCUAAUGUCCGAGGACAACCCAAUAGUGGCGCAAAGCAAGCUAGAUCUGAGCGACGACAUGGACCAACCGCUGGCGCAUUACUUCAUUAACAGCUCUCAUAACACCUACCUCACCGGCCAUCAGAUCACGGGCAAGUCCAGCGUUGAGAUUUAUCGGCAGAGUCUUCUCGCAGGGUGUAGAUGUCAAGAUGCAUCUCAAGGUUUCUUGUAA